CAAUCGUUGUUGCGUUUUGUGAAUGUGAAAAAAAUAGUGCUAAAUUCAUGCCGUUUCUUCACAAAGUUGUAGGAUUUGUGUUAUAUUAGUUAUUUGACAUAUUUACGAAACCAAUCAGUUUCGAAAAUUAGGUAUAAUCAUAUUUUUGGACAAAACAUGGCUCAAUUCAAUUACCUCAAUGAGCUGAACAGUUUGGCUAAACUAGACGGUCCUAUUACCCGCGGACCGCUCCAACGAUGGGUAAAAAAGUCGGGCACCGAGAAUAUCAACCCAUCGCUAAGCAAUUCCUUGAAAAACAUAUCGAAUAUCAACUUGAAUUCUUGCAACCAAUCCAUGCAAAAACUAUCCGUUUCGGGCAAUGUAAGUUGCAAUAACAGUACCAACGUAAUAACUCCUACAAGAAAUGAGAACAGGAAAGGUAAAAAGACGCCUUCGAAAAACAAAUCUCCAGGUCGUUCGACUACCCCAACACCGAACAAGGCUUCUAAAACCCCUAAUAAAGCUGACAGAUUCAUUCCAUCAAGAAAUAAUUCCAACUUUGAUCUAUGCCACUAUAUGCUAAACAAGGAUGAUGAGAAAUCUGAGGAAGCUGCACCACAGACGGCCACAGGUGAGGCUAUCGGCCGAGCUCUGGCCGACACGGACUCCGGGCGACUGUUGCAGUACACAUGCAAGGCUCCGGCCGCACCAGAGGGAUACCAAAACAGAUUGCGAGUGGUAUAUUCUCAGGCCAAAGUGCCAUCAACUGUAAAAAAUACAUCAAGAUACAUUCCACAAGCACCUGAUAGAAUUCUGGAUGCUCCUGAAAUUUUAGAUGAUUAUUAUUUAAAUCUAGUUGACUGGAGCGCAUCAAACAUUCUAGCUGUGGCACUAGGCAGCUCUGUGUACCUGUGGAACGCGGGGACUGGUCAGAUAGAGCAGCUACUGACGCUGGAGGGUUCGGAGACAGUGUGCUCGGUGCAGUGGGUACAAGGUGGCGGUUCGCAUUUAGCCGUCGGAACCUCAUCUGCUAUUACUGAACUGUGGGACUGUGAAAAAAUUAAAAGAUUGAGGGCUAUGGACGGUCACACGGCGCGCGUGGGUUCCCUAGCUUGGAAUCUGUAUGUGGUGUCGAGCGGUUCCCGCGACGGUCAGAUUGUACACCACGACGUGAGGCAGAGAGACCACGCGGUUGCUACCAUUAGUGCGCAUACGCAAGAGAUCUGCGGGCUGAAAUGGUCGCCAGAUGGCAAGUAUCUAGCGUCGGGUGGGAACGACAACCUGCUCAACAUCUGGCCUCUAGCUCAGGGACAUCAUUACUCGCAGACACAGUACCUGUACUCGUUCAACCAACAUCUAGCAGCUGUUAAGGGUCUAGCCUGGUGCCCGUGGAACUCGUCUAUUUUGGCGUCUGGAGGCGGCACCGCGGACCGCACUAUACGGAUAUGGAAUGUCAACACAGGAGCUAAUAUUAACACCGUGGACACUAAAUCUCAGGUGUGCUCGAUAGUAUGGAGCACGCACUACAAGGAGCUGGUCUCUGGACACGGCUACGCGAACAACCAGCUCGUGAUCUGGCGGUACCCCACCAUGGCGCGGACGGCCGAGCUGACCGGCCACGCGGCGCGCGUGUUACACCUCGCACUGUCACCCGACGGUCAGACGGUGCUGAGUGCUGGUGCCGAUGAGACGCUCAGAUUGUGGAAGUGCUUCAUGCUGGAUCCGUCUAAAAAGAAGGAGACGACAGACACAAAGGCUGCCAAAUCUCUACUCAACAUGAACUCACUGAUUCGAUAAUUGUUAAUACAGUGUCACCAGAGGGCUCAGCCAACACGUUUUCUUUAUCCCUUCUGCAUUGAAUCGCCGAAUAAAAAUGUGUGAACUUAACAUAAGCGUCCAAUUCUAUUAAGUCGUCGUUGAUUGUCAAUUCUAUAAAGAAGCGAUAAAGAAAACGCGAUGGCUAAUCCCCGGCUUGUUUAUGUCUUUCGGUAAAUUUCUUUUCUAUGACAGUGAAAUAAUGUAAAGAAUGAUUCCCGAACGAUAUUUAAACAACACAUUCUGUAAUUUGUGAUGAUUGGACUGAAUUUAUUUGUGAUUCUCGUAGCUAAUGUUUUGUUUCUAGUUAGGUUAGGGAUGGUUGAUACUCAUUGUCAGCGUUAUUACGAACGCGAUGCGGUAAUUUUUACAUAGACUAAAUUUUACUUUAUGCCUUAGGGCCGACCCACACCGGAAUGCGCAUGUGUCGGCUGAAAGUGCUCGCGGCUGCCUGCGUCCGCACGCGUCACCGCGAGGUGCCGCACGCUCCUUGCGUUGGCUCCCCCCGCCGCACGCGAUAGUUUUCUGUGUUCUAGCGACAGGAAAAGCCGUUGUGUCGUCAGAAAUUAUAAUAUUAAAAAAAGAAAACAUCGUAUUGCAAAAAAUGGAUACUGAGGAGAGAAAAGAGGCGACGCGAGCCGACUCUGCCGGCCUCGUCGCGUCGCUGCCAGCCGCUGCCAUUCCGGUGUGAGAAGGCACAAUUUUUACUGUAACAACUUGAAUUCGCUGUAUAAGCUAGAAAUGCCGCCUGCGUCGCGUAUCGUUGUGUUGUCGUGUAAUCAAUUUUAUAGAUAUUUGAAUUAGAUAAUAUAAUUUUUAGGAUUUUUGAAUUUAAUUGGUAAACAUUUUCUAAAUAUGGAACCAUCAAACCAGUCUGAACGAAUAGGCUAGUUAAAUGUAAAUUUUUGUGUAUGGAGAAGUAAAUCAAUUACUGUUCAUUACUAUAACCAAAUACAUAAUUAUGAUAAUCUGUCUCUGGCUGUAUAAGGUUUGUUAAAAUCAACCAAUGAUAUUUUUGGCAUCUGAUUUUACUGCUUAUAAAUAAACCCUUAGCACAGAAUACAUAUUAGUACAAGUACCCUUAGGCUGGAUUUUUAUGCGGCGGCGCGAACGUGGUUUGGCCGCUUUUCCGCAUAAAGUUAAUAUACCUAGCGGAAUAGAGCAACAAUCUCGAGCUGUCA